AGAUAUCAUAUCAAUAUCCUAAUAUUUUAAGCUCUAAUUAGUAUAUACUAAGUUCUACUUCUAUAAUAUUAAGCCAAAAACGAACACAACAAUGACGAACUUCCGCAAGAAUCCCCAAAGGUCGAAAUCGUUCGAAAGCUUAUUCAAUGUAUCAAAGAAGCAACCACAAGGAAAGUGUACUGGAUAUGAUGAUGACAUUGAUCCUCCAAGUACUCCAGGGAGUAGAUCUAUUUCUGAUGUAUUUCAAUGUCAAUCGCUUAGCUCGGUUUCGGAUGUGCCUACUGUGACAAAAAUUAAAGAAUAUUUGGUUUUGAACGGUGCAGAAGAGAUUGAAGAUAUUGAUGCAGGUGGCGAUACCGUCAAAUCAAUCAAGGAAAAAUAUUCCAUGAGGAAAUUGGUUUAUCAGAAACUCAUAGAUUUCUGCCAGUGUUGGUUGAGGGAAAAGGGAUUAUUUCCAAAAACUUAUUGCCUUGAUAGUGACGACUCGUUAACAGCGGAAAAACCACAAGGACUUGAUGAAGAUAUCUUCGUGAAAGGUUUCAAGUUGAGAAAUAUUGAUUCCCUGCAUAAAUUCCUAGCAGAAGAGAAAAAAUUACUCGAUAAAAUUGCGCAACAGCCAACAUUCAGUACAUCAGUAUCUUCUACUCCUGAGGAGCCUACUAGUGAGGAAUCUAUAAGCCCCAUACCCUCAACUCAUAUACCUCCUAAAGUUCUCGAACACUAUCUGAUGCCAGAAGAACACGUUAUGCCAUCAUAUGAAUUUCCUUUCGUACCUUGCGAAGAAGCGUUUUCGCCCCCGCCAACUGAAGAAUACUGGCAUUCUAAUCCUGCAGUAAGAAGGGCUCAAGCAUAUUUGAGGAAUCAUAAAAUGUUUCAAUUCUUCAAUUAUUUGACUGCGAUGUUAGUUAGUGCCGUUCCAGAGGAUCCGAUCGACUAUUUAUUGACCCUCCUGGACAGAGUUCUAUUGUAUAGAACUGGGUUACUCUCUCCUCCACUGUUAUACGAGAAAAAACAUAUAGAACAGCUCUUUCAUCUAAUGGAUCGCUUCGGUCAAGGCUAUGUUGAUAUUCAGCAGUAUAAAACAGCAAUGGAAACCUUUGGAAUUUGCUCUUACAAUAAAAGACCUUUUUUGAAUAAUCUGAGUAUGGUAUCGAAAGAAGUUUUCAUCGAAGAAAUAUUCAGUGCAGAACUAGCGAUGUUCAAUGACCUGAUCAAGAGUAGAGUAUCUUGCACAUGUGAUUUAACAGCACCCCCUCCAACUAUAAUCGACAUGGAUCUAAAAACUCAGUCUUCAUAUUCGAUUGAUGACAGUAUCCUGUCCACGCAGUUCAAUCCUGUCGCAUCCGUUGGAAAGUUUUGGGAAAAACAUGGAGACAAGCAGCCUAAGGCUUUCAAAGGGAAAUUUUGGUCUGAGUUUGUUCGAGAAGCUCAGAGAAGGGAUAGCAUACGCAGAGAGAGUAAACAAAACGAAACGGAUGGAAAAGGAUAGUUAAAAAUAUUUACCUAUGGAUAUGUUUUCACAAACCCUAUUUUCGAUUGAAUAUACAAAUGAACCAAAA